AUGGUUUCAUUAGGACUGUUUAGAAAUUCGAACCAGAAGGAUGUGUUACAGUUUCUAUUACAUAUCUCAUUACCUGGUGUAAUAGUUGGGUGUUUGCUAUUUAUUGGAGUUGUAUAUUGCAAUUAUACAUUUGGAAAGCAAGAGAAGAAACAAGAACAAGACAUUCGUCACGGUGCUUCCUAUGGUGGUGAUGUAGAAAACAGAGUUGGCGAUAUUCAUAAUGAAGUGGACCAUACAUAUGGAAAUCCUUUGCACUUAAGCGAGGAAGAGUCAUGCUAUAGUACACUAACACUGAGAGUAAACCGUGGGUCUCUUUACACGUCAAACACUGCAGAAAACUCGGAGACAGUCUCCAUGGAUGACAAUCCUUAUGGUUUUGCUUUCAAUAGAAGAGAUGAGGAAAAGAUGCUAGACAAAAACACCAAUAGUUUCAACGGGAGGAAUGAUGCUUCGGGAAAUGAAAUGAUGCAAGGAAUUAGUGAAGACAGUUGCUAUGCUUAUAAUUCCCUUUUACGUUACUACUCAAUUCGUCGGUUUGACUUAACGCCAGAUGACGCAAAUGUACACUUGUGUUGUCUGAAACUGAAAUGGACAACAAAUCAUAUCAACAGAAACUGGUAACUUCGAAAAGACAAAGGGAAGUAACUCUUGGGGAAUUCGGAACUUCCGUAUUAAACACCACGAGUUAACAAUAGUGAAAAACCUGUAAAAAUUACUAUAAUGAGUAGUUUUCAAAGGACAUUAUUACUUCACAAGUUGGCACAACAUUAUCUUGCACAUCAAGUACCCAAUUAUGAAAACAUCUAAACACUUUUAAAAGUACUUGUUUCACCCGGCAAGUUACAAAUUGUCAAAUUUACAUUUUAAA